UGUUGACAAUUUAUAAUUAGCUGCAGCACGUGGAAUUUGACAAUCGGAUAGUUCCUACUACGUCAGGUCUGACGUCAUGACCUUGGGCAACGACAAAAAAUCAGUAUUUUAUUUCGUCCUUCCCCUCAGGUAGAUUGCUUGAUUUCUGGGACAAGUUAGAGCAUCGGCUAUGGAGCACCGGGCCUUAGCAAGCUGCGUUUUGAUCGCAUUUUUUCUGUUGAGUGAUGUCCGGGAGUCUUCCCAGUUGACUCGAGACCCACCCAGAGCGAGGAAUAACAAGCAAAGUGAAAAGACGGUCCUGUUUCCGGAAACCAAUGUGACGGAGCACUCUCUUCCGGUGUUUCCGGAUCCUGUUGUGUCGUACGUGGGACGCCAACAACCUCUGGCUCCACCCACCGAUAACUUCGGGCACCCACUUUGUGCCCAAAAACCGGGCGACACCUUCUGCGAGAAAGUGGAAAAUUAUCCUGAGCAGGAAAUCCGGAAAGCCAUCAACUAUUCGUCUGAGGAGUUCGUGGAACUGUUCGGCACGAUGGCCAUUAGUUCUCGAAAAUCCGGUGACUUGGACGAAGACACCGUUUGCAAACAACAGUCUAGGAUCUUCUAUCCCAGGGCGGCGGUCAACGAGAAUGACCAAUGGGCCUUCGUAGUGAAUGAUGUAGACUAUAUACAGACCGUCAUGGCAGAAGUAUGCGAGAAUGACGAGCAGCCUUGUCGCUUCUUGGACGGAACCCUCCCGUGGGAUGUCACGUCUAGAUGUCGUCAAAAAUUCGCGUACAAAAGACUUCUAGCUUUGCAUCCCAACAAGAAAAAGACAUACACAGAUGCUUUUCGUUUCCCAUCAUGCUGUAUAUGCUAUGUGAAGAAGCCUUUCAUCAUGACAAGAACUAGAACUAUCGAAGUUGGAGAUCAAACACCAGCUCAAACAUCCAAUGUUAGGCAAAGAAAUCCUAGGGAGCCUUAAAUUACAUCGUAUAUAAGCCUGGUUUGAACAUUUCUAUUUGUUGGCAUACUUGGUAAAAUCUUGUAAUGAUUGUUUUGUUUUCUGUAAAGAACUAUCUUUGCUACAAUCUUGAGAAAUUUUCCUAACUUUCAUGAAAAUGCCAUAAAUAGGAAAUGAAGUAUAAAUAUUUAAACUUUAAAAAUUGCAUUUUCCUUCAAAUGAUCGAUGGUUUUCAUUGCACACAUCUUGUUUCUUGCAUAAGUUUUCUGUAUAUCUAACGAAAAUUCUAUCACUCAAGAACCAGAACAAAUAUCCACAAUCCCUUAUUACUGUUAAUUUUACGACGUAUAUUUAGAAAGACAAUAAGUGCUGAUAAGCAUUUUUUUUGUCGAUGGUGUUUGUAAAGCAUAUAUGCAUAAUAGAUUUAUUAAAAUUUUAUAUUCUAAUUGAUAAGAGUACAGACGAGACUUAUCCAAAGAUAGUGAAUACUUUUAUGUGUCUUCUUUUAAGAUUAGUAUUGUACGAUUGAUUAUUUAUUUUUAGUUUUGAUAUUUUUGAGAACUGUAACAACUGGAAAAUAAUUCUUCAGCUCGUUUUCUUUUCUUAAUCAAUUUUGUUCAAUAAUUUCAGAUUUCAAUGUUUCUAAUGUUUUUAAGUUCUUAUUUUAUUUUGAACUACAAAUUGAAUAUAAUAAUAAUGAUUUCAUUGAAAAUUAUUUUCGCUUAGGACAUGGAAAGAUUUUUUUCACAGUUCUUGCUAAAACUACCGAAAGUGGUACUUUUUUUAAAACUAUUUUCUAAAUUAUUUGGUUAUGAUAAAUCAAUAACUUGUAUAUUUUCUAUAAAACUAAAGCUAAAAAAUCAGGAAUCCAGCUUAAUUAUUCUUGGCUAGAUUGUCAACAAACGCACACAGAUUUAUUUUGAGACAUUUUUCAUUAUGUGAAAUUUUGUACAUUUGAAUGUCUUUUAUAUGUUAAAGGUUUUAUUAAUAAAAAUACUUAAAUUCCAACUAUUAAGA